UUGGUAAAUUUGUGCUUGCGCCAUAAACCAACCGCAACCGCAACCGCGUUGGAAUCGAAUAUAUCUAUUGCGUCUCCCAUUCGCCAAAAUCAAAAUGAUCCCAAAUUUCUUAUUGCCUACAACUYUCUAUCCCACCUUUAAUCAUCAUCAUUUGGACUUCGGAGACAGCGACACGCAAGAAAAUGGCGACCGGAAGGGACAUCGCUCGCGGGUUUUCUUCCCAAGAUGAUCAUAAAACCAACCCUCCAGGUGUUUCUGGUCGGACUUUUAUGAAAGCUUUCAAUCUCCCGGUGGAGAUAAAUUCAGACACCUUGGACCCGGUCUCAUGUCAGCACCAGCUUAAAAGAUCAAUAACUGAGAAGCAGAGGCAUGAAAGCAUACUUGCUGCAGAUGCAGCUCAAAUAUUUGAUAAUGAAAUUUCUAUUGAUCAGAAGUUGAAAUUGCUGCACAGAGUAACUACCGUGAAAGAUGAUGGAACUGUCGAGUUUGAAGUUCCAGGACAUAUUGAAUCUCAAUCUAUUAGUGCUGAAUCUGAAGAAAUUUUCAGUAAUGCUGAUGAUGAACCCCUUGAUUUAGCCGAUUUUCACUAUAUACGGCCUAUGCAAAUAGUAAUACUUAUUGUUGGAACCCGUGGAGAUGUGCAGCCGUUUAUUCCAUUUGGAAAACGAUUGCAGGACUAUGGUCAUCGUGUAAGAUUGGCUACUCAUUCAAAUUUCAAGGACUUCGUCUUGACAGCCGGGUUGGAAUUUUAUCCUUUAGGAGGAGAUCCAAAACUGCUUGCAGCUUAUAUGGUAAGAAAUAAAGGCUUCUUGCCUUCUGGGCCUUCUGAGAUACCCAUUCAAAGAAGUCAAAUGAAGGAUAUUAUUUACUCUUUGCUUCCAGCUUGCAAAGAACCUGAUAUGGAUAAUGGUAUUCCCUUCAARGCAGAUGCAAUUAUUGCCAACCGCACAGCAUAUGGGCACACUCAUGUGGCAGAGGGACUUAAGCUACCACUUCAUAUAUUUUUUACAAUGCCAUGGACGCCAACUAAUGAAUUUCCCCAUCCAUUAUCCCGUAUCAAGCAACAGGCAGGAUAUAGGCUUUCGUAUCAAAUUGUUGACUCCUUGAUUUGGCUCGGAGUGCGGGAUAUUAUUAAUGAUUUUAGGAAGAAGAAGCUGAAGAUACGGCCAGUAACGUAUUUAAGUGGUUCACGAUUCUCUGAAUCUGAUGUGCCUCAUGCUUAUUUGUGGAGUCCGUACCUUGUUCCUAAACCAAGAGAUUGGGGGCCCAAGAUUGAUGUUGUUGGAUACUGCUUCCUUGACCUUGCAUCAAAUUAUGAACCUCCUGAGUCACUUGUGAAAUGGCUUGAAGCUGGAGACAAGCCUAUUUAUAUUGGUUUUGGCAGCCUUCCUGUACAAGAGCCAGAAAAGAUGACACAGAUUAUCAUGCAAGCAUUGGAAAGAACCGGACAGCGGGGUAUCAUUAACGAAGGGUGGGGUGGCCUUGGGAAGUCUGCAGAACCAAAGGACUUCAUAUAUUUGUUGGACAAUUGCCCUCAUGAUUGGCUGUUUUUCAAGUGCAAGGCUGUGGUGCAUCAUGGAGGUGCUGGAACAACAGCUGCUGGUCUAAAAGCUGCAUGCCCAACUACAGUUGUUCCUUUCUUUGGUGACCAACCUUUCUGGGGGGAGCGAGUACAUGCUCGAGGAGUCGGUCCUCCGCCCAUCCCGAUAGAUGAGUUCUCACUUCCAAGAUUAUUGAAUGCCAUAAACUACAUGCUUGAUCCCAAGGUGAAGGAGCGAGCUGUUGAGCUUGCAAAGGUUCUUGAGAUCGAGGACGGAGUCGAAGGAGCUGUGAGAGCGUUCUUCAAGCAACUUGCACGGAAGAAACUCGAGCCAGAGCCUGAACCUCGACAGUCAAGUCUUAUGUCAAUAAGAAGAUGUUUUGGUUGCUCCUGAACCUUUUAUGGUGGUGGUUCUCAAAUUGCUUUGCACAUACUCUUUUGCUGAUGUUGUUGUAAAGAAUGAGGAUUUAUACAUGAGAUGACAAGAAUAGAGAGAGACAGAAAUAUUUGUUGUAAAAUUUGAUCAAGCAUUAUGUGUAAUUGUUGUAAAAGUUGAGGUUAGACAGUUAAGUGUUGUUUCACAGAUUGUUCUGUAUAGUAGUUUUUAAGAGUUGUGAUUGUGUAGUGGAAUAAAUGUUGACGUCAUUGUUCAUUAAAAUUUUCUACCUUGAUUUUUGAAUUU